AUGGUCUUGGGGUUCCCUUGUCAGAGCUGGAUCUUCGUGGCCACUCUUCAUAGACACGGAGGAGACGUAUUCGAAACCCCCAAUGGAUCGAGUUUGGCGCUGAUAACCAUAUUCGAUGUGGAUUCCCGCAUGGUCUAUCUCUUCCGGACCCACCUAAUGUUCUACCAGCAAUUGCAGUCCCUCCGUCGCGAGAUGAGAGUCGUCGCGAUUAACCGAUGGAUAGUCACUUUUGGACCAGAAUUCUAUUUGAUUUAUGAAAUUAAAUCACAAUCACCAUUUUUGACACAUUUGAAUUGA